GGCGCGUAUGUUUCCAUCAUGGCGGCGUCAAUUUCGGGUUACACUUUUAGUUCUGUGUGUUAUCACAGUGCCAACAGCAAUUCCGACCAUGAGGGCUUCCUGUUGGGAGAAGUUAGACAGGAGGAGACUUUAAGCAUCAGUGACUCACACAUCGGUAGCUCAGAAUUCCUUAGUGUAAUAGAGGUCCACAAUCAUGAACCUUGUGCAAAACUGUUUAGCUUUUAUGACUAUGCAGGUAAUAUAAAUGAAGAAUAUCUCAACCGAAUCCUCAAGGACAGAAGAAAAAGUGUUAUCGGCUGGUACCGGUUUCGACGAAACACCCAGCAGCAAAUGUCAUUCAGAGAGCAGGUGAUCCAUAAGCAGCUGACUCAUAUACUUGGCAUCCCAGAUCUCGUCUUCCUUCUGUUUAGCUUCAUCUCCACAGCCAACAGUUCCACGCAUGCUCUGGAGUAUGUGCUCUUCAGGCCCAACAGAAAGUUUAAUCAGAGGAUAUCUCUUAGCAUCCCAAACCUGGGCAACACCAGCCAACAGGAAUAUAAAGUCUCUUCUGUACCCAACACUUCCAAAAACUACGCUAGUGUCAUUAAAGACCACGGGGCUGAGUUCUUUGAUAAGGAUGGGGUGAUGAAAGACAUUCGAGCUAUUUUUCAAGUGUAUAGCGCUCUUCAAGAAAGAGUGCAGGCAGUUUGUUGUGAAGUCGAUCAGAGUGAACGAGUGAGAGAGAAAAUCCAAGAAGAGGUGAACAAACUCAAAGACGAAAUCGCUCUCAGGAAACUUAAUGCAGCAGAGGAAGAGAGAAGACUCCAAGAGGCAACCAACGCACCCGACACACUUCCCGAUGACUCGGCUCCGCCCGACCCCUCACCGUCGACUCUGACGCGAGCCGAGCUCUCCUCCACUCCCUCAGCGGAGCCCAGUUUAGAGAGACCUGUAAACUCCUCAUCUCCACAACUUUACAGCACAACGCUGCCUCCGGACUCACCGAAUGCUAUACUGCUGCCUCGACCACAAGCCGUGGGCUCGCCCGGCCACCCUUCGCCCGGUCUGGGCCUGGGCAACGGAGACGGCUCGAGCUCGGAUUCACUGAACCGUCAGGCCACCGGACAGGAAGAUCAAGAGGACGACGAUUAUGGGGACAGUAGUGAGUACGAGAACUUGGUUAGCGAGCAAUUGCAGCCGUCGUCUGUAACAGAAGCCGUUACAUUGGGGCGACCUGCUACCCUGUGGCCUGACGGAGAUGCUCACAGCCCACCGGGCUCAUAGUAUUUAAACAGAAGCUUGGGGAUAGGGAUAAAGACAUAUAUACGAGAUUAUGAUUGUGAAGAAAAGGAUGGGGUGUUAUUCAGAAAGCAGAGCAGCACUUGCCUUUUGCAAGUUGAGAAAAUAUUAUCCUGAUGUACACGGUUGAGAGUUCCAAAGUGCUUUUGGAAUAACAUCGCCAUCCUGAUGGGCCGAUGGACCCUGUUCUCUUUUCAUGCUUUGCUCUCUGGUUGUGUUUGGGUGGAGAGGUGUAUCCCGCUUACCGGUUCUCUCUUGGCAUUUGCUACCUACCGGAAUUGUUCAGUUCAUUCACCAUUUACCUCUUGCACUUUUCUGCCUUCUUUUGAUCUGCAUUUGAAUAGAAAAGCAAAGGGAACUGUGGGGUUUUUUGUGGCCUUCAAAUUCAUCUCUGCGUGAGCUUAGUCCAUGACUGUUGUUCAGUGCUUCACAAAUGAGACAGAUUAAAAAAAGACUAAAUGUACAGUGCUUAGGACUGCACCUUUCUGACACUUGAUGUAGAACGGUUCUUGUUCUAGAAAAGUUAUUUUAUGUUGUUUUUAUCUUCUGUUGAGUAAUAUAAUGGCCUAUUUGUGAAAACCAUCUUAAAAGGGUUUUAUUUUAUGUAGAUCACUAAUAAUUUCAUUAGGUUGAUUUAAACUAACACGUUUUUGUCAUGAUGAAUGAACUGUUGUUUUCUGCUGAAAUUCAAACGUUUUUACCAACGAGCUUUAACAUAAUUUACAGUCAUGCUGUUUGAAAGAGCCAAUCCCGUCAGCCAAUUAGAAUUCAGCCUUGAUUUCAUCGGACGAGGCAAAGAUCAAACAAUGACAUCAUCAAUCUCAGGAUUCUUUUACAGUACCAGGAAUGUUGCUUCUCACUCUUCAUCUUGUGUUUAUUUUUUUCGAAAUAAUGCAGAGAUUACUCAAUUUAACGCUCCAUGGUAAUGUGAAGUAAAGAUGUUUAAGGUACAUUGAGCUAGCUAUAGGGAUACUCCACCCAAAAAUCAUAAUUUACUCACCCUCAAGUUGUCCAUAGUAGGAAAAAUUAUUGUAUCUUUUUUGUUGUUCUGCUGAACACAAAAUGAGAUAUUUGGAAGAAUUUAGGAAAGCAAACCGUUCUAGGGCACCUUUAACUACCAUUGAAAUUUUUCCUACUAUGGGAGUCAAUGGUGGCCAAGAACGGUUUGGUUACAAGCAUUCUUCCAAAUAUCUUUCUCUGUGUUCAUCAGACUGAGUUUGUGAGAUUCGCGCAAGUAGCGCUUUGAGCAUCGUUCGCACAAAACACUUGAAUGAGACUGAUUAUCUGUUGAGUUUGUUCACUGAAAGAAUCUCAUUUUAGUCUUGUUUUUUAUCUCAGGAUCUGACGCUCUGACAUUUAUCUUGACAGAGGCCAAGAAUGUCUCACCUUUCAUUCACUAUACUUCUCCAGUUUGGGUUGUGCAAAAAUAACAAAGGCUUGUUCACUGGCAUGAGUGUGAAUGGGAGUCCACUGACAGAUGUUUCAGUCAGUAUCGUGUUGCAUUGACUUAGUCCUGGUUUUCAGCCUCGGCAUCUGUUUUCUUGUGUAAUGCCAAAAUGUGAUGGCACCCUUGCUUUUCAACAAUAACUGAACAAUGACACUGACAUGGAAAAAUGCCACAUUUAAACUACACGGUCUUGUUUCGGCAGUCCCUAAGAGCUUUAAAAACAACUUUAUUAUACUAACACUGAACAUUUUAGCUAUACCACUUGGGUUCAGCAGAGUUUCUGAUACAAAGUGCAGCUUAAAAUGAUAUAUAUGAACACUUUUGUUUUUAAAAAAUGUACUAUUUAUGAUCAAUUAAAAUCUUGUCACGGUUUGCAACAACAGGUGAAACAGCCCUGUAAAUUCAAUGGCAAAAUGUAGAGAUGGUUGCCAUUUUGCCUUGUAACAUAAUAGACGCUUUCAAAUCUGAAAUGAAAUAAAUCCAAAUAUGGCCAUUUGAAUGGUGAAAUGAUGCUUGGUUAAAGUCAUUUGAUGAAAUUACGAAGAAUAUGUUUAUCAGCUGCAGGUCGAACAUGAAUGUUUUUCUGCAAAUCGAGCAGCUGUGAGUGAUUAACAUUGUUCCCAUCAGAACUGGAGUCAAGUCUCUUAGUGCAUGUUAUGUUUUACAAGUGCAAUCUGUGCUUGGCAGGCUGUUGCACUACUGCAACAAGCACCUGCUCGUAUUAACCGUUCCCAUUCACUUCUGCCGUAAAUCUGCCACCAUGUUUACAAAUAUAAAGUGGGAUCCAACAGUCUGAGAUCACAUUCAAAACUUGGAUUCCAAAUUAUUUAUGCAAAUUUGACAUUGUUUAAAAGGACAGAUUUCCUUGUUUGCUUAUGGGAACAUUCUGUUUUAACACAAUGCAUCAGGGCUUUCACAAAUUUGUGCGGUCUGUGACAGCUGGAGAACAUGCUGUCAGUAAAGCAAAAGUGAAACCGCAUACUAUGAAAUUCUGAAACCCAGAUUAGUUUUUCAGUAUUCAUUUUCACUAGUUUUGCUUUUUAAGGUCCAGUGUAUGAAACUUAGUGGCAUCUAGUGGUGAGGUUAUGAAUUACAACCAACGGCUCACUCCACACUUUAUACACCUCUGAAGAUAUAGGUAUGUAUAUAAGAUUGCAUAUCUGUCAAUAGAUCCCUGAAAAAUGUCACACUGGACCUUUAUAAAGCACUUUGAUGCAUAGACCAACACUACUCAACAGUGGCACAACUGCAUUUAAUGUAUAUAAUGGUGCAUUUCUGUCAAUAGAUCCUCCUAAAUAUAACACAUUGGACCUUUAUAUAUUUUUAUUAUUCAUUAAUAUUAGAAAAACGGAAAAUGGGUGUUUUAACUAGUGGUCUCAGACUUGGAUCCAACUGUAAGACAAACUCCCAACUGUAGUAGGAUUCUAGUAUUUUAGCAAACAGAUUGCAUUAUCAGCAUUGGUGUCAUAAAGGCUUAAAUUAUCUCAAGACUUUUGAAUAUAAUAAAAUGUUUUAUAAGGGCAAUUGUUUCUUCAAUGUGAUCCGUAUCUCUUUUUUUUAGGUUGAUCAAUAUCUUGCCGUCUGUAAAAUACACUCAGCCUUCACAGGUGAAGAGAGGAAACAGCAAGACUUUAAAGAGAUCAGAUUUUGACACAAGACAAGAUUUCCACCUCCAGCCAAGAAUAUCUAUUCGAUUUGUUACUCUUCACACAGACAGAGAGCAGAGAUAACAGAUGUAUGAUGUUAGAGCAAGAACAAUCUGCUUUGCACCAAGUGUGCCGGUGUCAAAUUCUCACAAGAGGACCGUGAAAUCUUUCAGCCGUACUCAGACUGCAGAACAAGAACCCAGGUGGUAUUGACAUUAAAAGUAAUUUUGAACAAUCAUUUUUGUGUUUUUAUCCAAUAAUUGAUUAUCUUUAACUUACAAAAACUCCUCAUUUGUUUAGGGGGCUAGGUAUGUGAAUGUUCGCAGCAAAAAGAUGUAAAGGUUGUGCCUAACAAUAUGAAAAAACAUAAAUAGAUGAAGUGCAGUAGUGCACAGUAUUAUAUUUGGUUGUGUAGUUGAUGUCAUGGCCUGGUGGUGGCGCACUUCAUUCACAGGUCUGCAGUGCUACUCUGAAACUCAACAUUUUAAACAGGGCCUUGCUUUUAUUACACAUAAAACUCACAAAUAAA